AAAUAAAUGCACAGCAAUGGCGAGAUCUUUUUUGUUGUCGAAGGGGAACGCUUUUACGCACGCAUAGAUGGUAGUUUAUUUGAUCCGCAGUUGAAUGCUUUUGAAUCCAAGAAACGUUACUGCGUGGAGAGCCCGUGCUGGAUGUACACGGAGCUGUUCUAAUAUGAUGCUGCUCUUCUAAACAGUUAAGCUGUCAAUAAUAAUAAUGUCCAUUGCAUGCGAUACCGGAUAUAUCGAGCAUCUAAUACCGACUGAUUUGUACGUCAGUGAAUCACUGAAACACUGGAGUACGGUUAGCGUAUUCUAUAUACAGCAGAAUAUGAGUCAGGACAGUCGUCAAAAACGGCCCGUGCAACCAUUAUAAUAUGUUCCGUCUAAGAAGUAUAUGGAAAGCCAGAUCAUUUCAAUUUAGAAUACACCCAUUUUGUAAAACUAUUCAACGCCCUUAGUGCUCUGACAAGUCACUCUAGAAAACUCUCUACACGAACACAGCGGAAGUUAGCAUCACUAACGAUAGACUCUUGCAUGCAAAAGGAAGAUCUAGUUAAGUGUGCUAUGAAUUGUUCUUACUAAAAUGCUGGCUAUUUCCAUUUUAGUCGAGAUGGACCGAUACCCUUUUUCAGGAAAACUCGCAAUUUGUAUCAUAGGAAGGCAUAGCUCCAAACGGGAACCACUUGCUUGCCAAGGAAAUUGGCUGUCCCAUGACUGUAGUUUUGAACUGCCCGUCCCAUGACAACCCAUUGGCACCGUUAAACAGAGCUAAUUCAAGCAGCUGUCAUGGACGAUCAAGCACAAGAAGGGAUCGUUAAUACUCCAUCUACCAGCGUCUUCUUUAUUGAUGCUUUUAUUUAUUUAGGGACAAACUGUCUCACUAUUUAGGCUUGAACCUGGAUACCUCACGGAUCUGUCGACGAAUAGGUAUCAAUUACACCCUAUGAGAGACAAGAGCACGCGCAUCUGGUGAACAUACAAAAUGACGUCGACCUUCAAAGGUCCGGAAGUUUCAGCUAGCCAAGACAUUUACGUGUGUUUAAUUGUACCAGACGAGCAACGAGAUGAGCCAAUCGUUAACUCUAAUUGCACGCUAUACUCGUGAAUCAAAACACACAAUACCGUACGCAAAACCGGCUGAGACCACUAGCAGAAUCAAUCUUACACGCUUAAAUAUCAAUCCGUCGACUCAGAAUAACCUCAAACUUCCUACGUAAUAUCUAAAUGCCCGUAUCUAAGUGAACCAUCAAAAUUUAUACUAUCAGAUUCACUUAUUCGUGGAAAGGCAGCCGCUUGAAAACAAACACUUAGACAAAGUGGUCAAGACACUUCAUCAGACCUUAGUAUCGGACGCGAAGUUCUUCGAGCUGCGCUGAAAGUCGACUAUACACGAUCGCCUUUACAAAGAAGCUGAAACAUUCAACGGAUUUGAUUACCAAGCACUCUCGUUAGACAUCGUCAUGAUGAUUCCUCCCUGGUUUCAACGCAAUUCUGGCCUGCCAUACAUAAUUGUUAUUCUUCUCGGAAUAACCUUAGAGGCUCAAUUUGGAUUCUCCGAAACCGUCAACAUGGACCAAUACAAGUUCCACAUGUCGAAGGUUCUUUCCUUGUACAUGAAUGGCUUCAAUGUUCACCAACUUGGCACCAUUCUCGUUUCGAUGGCGUACUCGUUUUCACCCGCUGAGGAUCGCCCUGUCGUCGAGCAGUGUCUGGGUCAGCAUGACAAUGAAACUGUAACGGAGCUGAUCAAAUGUUAUAUGGAGAAGACGAACAUGAUGGAUUCUGAUAAGAAAUGCAAUCUGACGAAACUGAAGGAGUUCAUAACGGUAAAGAUGGCAGCGGCUCCGCCGAUAGCCGUUGCAGUACUACAAAAGUACGCUGAAUGCGUAUGUCAGAUAUCAGGAGCUGAGGGAAUGAUUUGCGCUCAACAAAAAACAAUGGAUUAUGUCAGGACGCUCUGCAGCGCCAUAGUCGGCGACGAAUGAACGGCGAGCUUCGCUACCUCUGAAAUCUACUUUAUUUUGACCGUAUGUGUUGCCAACGUACGCGUUCUUGACGAAUUCAAUCUAACUAAACCGCUUGUACAACGGUGAAAAAAUUUCGUUUGGUAUUCUCUUUGGAAUAGCAAAACGAGGUUCUCCUGCACGCUUUGUAACCUGAUGUCGUUAGUAAUUUUAUCAAGUUCAACAGUGAACGCUUCAAGAGCGAGGAGUCUCAAUGUUGGCCAGUGCAAUCGACUAGUCUGAGCAAUUCUACAAUAGACUUCCUGUUUGCGCCUGAGACUGUCGCAUUUCUUUCUGAACGAGCUAUGCAAAUGGAUUUAGAAUCUAAUUAGCUAGCCGUUGCUUCAACUGAAACUCACCAAUAGGUCGGUAUGCUACAUUAUUCCCAGCUAAGAAAAUGCAAACUGGAAAGCUAAAUAGGAAUACAGAUCGAACAAGCUAUUCAUAUUGUCGUUGGAAAGGCUUUUCACAGCUGUGUUCGCAGGUGGCCGAUUUUUUUCCAAAAGCAAAGCAAAGCAGCUUUACUCAAAGCUAGCAGUAGAAAAUGUACAUCUAUGAAUUUUAGAUUCUUUCAAAAUACAGUUGUCAGAUGGAUCCGCUACCGUAAACAUACAACGCUACCAGAUAAAAUACAAGAAAUUAAGAUGUAUCUCUUUCGAACGGCAACAAGUUAUUUUCUUGACGAUAUCUUUUACUUAACUACACUCGAAGCUGAACGUUACUUUCUUUUUUUUUAUGAAAUUUAUUCACCAAUCAACGUUUACAAAGUCCAAAAUGACAGCAUGUAUGUAUACAGCCAGGAUGAUAAUAACAGCAUGUUUGAAUGUGCUGAAACCUGUAGUUAAGCAUGAUUCUAGUACAAAUAGUUAUUCAUGGCAACUUCUUAUCGAUGCUCAUUAUCGGUGUCUGUGUCGAUGAUGUAUUGUUUUCCAAACGAUGUGUUAUGUCAAAACAAUCGUCAACGUUAUUUUCCGCAACGGCUAUAAUAAUAUACUGCCUUAGUUUAAGUUUACAUAUAUUUGCGUUCCUCAUAUUAAGCUGAGCUGUGCUCUUAUCAUACUCAGUUCUUCUAAUUUCUCUUAAGAUUAGCAUCGAUGGCAUUCGGCUGGAAUAACAUAACCAAAAUUGUAUACAGCUUACCGUUUUAUGGAAAAUAGAAAUUUGAAAUAAGCGAAACUGCGACUGUUGUUUUUCUCCUUCUUCUUCUUUACCAUAACUUCAACAAAGAAGCAGUUGUCUUCUCAUACAGCUCCACCUUUCCAUUAUUUAAUAACUUUCGCGUAGUCUUCACACAUUGUGUAGCACGUUCGAAAU